GCAAGUUUUCGUUCCCGAUUUGGCUAAUAGCAUACCUCUGUCGGUUUAUUUUUGGCAAAAGUAUAUUUUCAGGGCAAUUGAUAGAAAUACUCAGACACCUUUCAUCGGAUAUAUUGAGCAUUAAGCGAGUGCGAGCAAGCCACCACCGCACCACUGAGAGUGACUUGAUUAUGAACCAACGUUAAUCUUCGUAUGCGAUAGUAUCAUCGAAGCAUAUUGCUGUUUCUGGAUCUCGCAUUCGCUUCACCAAUGCAUUGCUGAGGCAUGUUCCGUGGGUCUUUAGACCUUUGGUAGUGGCGAAGCUACCUUUGUUGAAAGAACAAGUAACAUAUAAACCCACGCGCACUUGAUACUUGAUGCCCUUCUGACUCUGGCAUUCAAUCAAUCUAAUUGGACUAUUUAGCCAACCACAUGAUGAAGAAAUCAGAAUUCCGUUCUAAACUAGAGCCAACGUCCCGGCCUCUGACAUUUGCCUCAACAGCUGGGAUGCUUUUCAUACUUAAAGACUGUUUUAAACCUCAAACUACAGUGGUUAUUGGAUCGUUUAUCCAAUUUGCUCUCUGUGCUGUCCUUCCUCUACGUUGGGCAGUCGUGCCACCCGUGGCCGUCUUGCUCAACUCCAUUGUCACCACCGCCAUCCAACUGUGCAGCACAAAACCCAAUGAGUAUAAUGAGAAUGCCAUACCAGGCCGCGCGACCGCACAACUCCCUUUCUCUAGUGGCUCCUUUGGUUCAACUCCUAGAGCAAGCCCCGUAGUAGUCUUUCAUCUCGGAAUCCAGGCCAACCACCCUCUCGGUCUCGCAGCACCAGGCAUGAAGCAAAUUAGCAAAUACUUCAUGGAUAUGCACAAUGAUCUUGCCUCCAAACGAGACGAGUAUGGUAUGCUGAGCUCCUCAACAUGGCGCGGAGAUGAGAAGAGCAGCAAUAACACCCUUCUCCUGAUCUACUACUUUCGUGACAUCGAAAGUCUGCACCGCUUCGCACACGACGAAAUACACCGGAAGGCAUGGGACUACAUGAAUAAGUCUAAGCUCAAGCAUAUAGGGAUCUUCCACGAGACGUUUAAUGUGCCGGCUCGCGAGUAUGAGAACGUCUAUGUGAAUUGUCAUCCGGUGCUAAUGGGCCGUGCGACGAUGAAGACGACAGAGGGAGUUGAGGAAGAGGAAACGUGGAUUAAUUCCCUCGUCAGCGCGGAUACUCCUGUUUUGAAGACGCAAUAUGCGAGGAUGUCAAGGGACGAACAUGGGAGACCGAAGGACAUAGAAUAAUGUAAACAGUGCUGUUUUUUGGUUCGGAAUUUGAGCUGCGUAAAUAGAUGGUGGCAUUGGGUUUGAUCUAGAUCUUUUAAUAGCAAGGUUGUUUUUAACCAUAAGAUGAAGAUGGCAAUGACAAGAACUGAAUGAGCCACCUGUUCACACCAAGAAUCGAUACUCAUUAAUCAACAGUUCCUUUGAACCUUAUACUGACUCAAGAU